CUGUAAAUGGUUGGUUGGUGGUGGCCUGGUGGGGUCUUGGGGACAGCAACAAUGACUGACUCGCUGCAUUUUUUUCCCAAAGUCAGAGUAUUAAUCAAAAGUCACAAACCGGAAAAAAGUAAAGCGCGGGAGUCGACCAAUAGUCGAACUCCCGAUAAGAGGGCCUUUUGUGCCACAUGAUGGGCAGCCCUAUUAAGUUGACGAGAAACAAAAUAGAAAGAAACACUGUGGAAAGAAGAUGACAAGCUCCUAACGUCCUCCAAAAUAGCGCCACCCCGAACAUGAUGCAUAUCACCUCCAAUCAUCCGGCGGAUCAAGAGUUGAGAGUCCCCAUGAAUACAAACAGCAAGAAAGGAAUGAGUUAGAUACCACUGUACUGCAUUCCAUAGAGCUAAACAUUCCAUGAGAAAAGGGUCCCGAAUCCCAUCAUAAAAUUUCCCAAAAGCAAACAGAACAUUACUUGUCAUAUGAUAGCCGACAUAGCCAAUACUACCUCCAUGACCACUCUUGGUAGCACCAUCAAUAUAUUAUCGUAUGGCCUGAACUUUGACCAAAAUAAACAUCCUGACCAAUCUUUUCGAUCUAUAACAUUCUGGCCCGAACUAUACACCAAAAUAAACAAUUUGGCCAAACCCGAUGUUUGACCGUUAACUUGGAAGGUCAAACGCGUUGACUAAUGGUCAACACGCCACGUCACUGCCAAGUCAGAAGAUCUGAUUAAUAUUUAAUUUUUUUAUUUUUUUUAUUUUUGGUUUAACUAAGGUAUUAUAUGAUUUUUUUAAUUUAUAAUAAUUUAAAAUUAGAGAAUGUGUGGAAAUUGUGAAUUAUUUUAGAUAUUUUAUGUUGACUUGGCAGUGACAUGGCGCGUUGACUAACAAUCAACGCGUUUGACCGUCCAAGUUAACGGUCAAAAGUCGGAUCUGGCCAAAUUGUUUAUUUUGAUGUAUAGUUCGCGCCAGGAUGUUAUAGAUCAAAAAGAUUGGCCAGGAUAUUAAUUUUGAUCAAAGUUCAGACCAUACGAAAAUAUUAACCCAAAUAAUAAUCACAACUAUCGAAAUACAAAUUAUUAGUCAUAGCUGAAAUACAAAUUAUUAGUCAUAGCUAUAUCGAGCGUCUUCAUCCUCGGCUCUCUCAUUCUUUCCCAGAAAAUCUUAUCAUUCUCUUUGGUGAACUAAAAUAGAUUUGGGGCUUUUCCACUGCUCCUUCCUGAACUGAAAGUGAUGCUCUCUUCUCCCGUUGAUUUCCCUCCUCCUUCUCGUCCUCCUCCUCAGCCACUCCCGGUCCAGAUUCCAGAAGUCAUCUCCCCUCUCCUCUCCCUCUCAUGCCACGUCUGCACUUCGUCGCCUGCUAGUUCCUUCCACCUGCACUGGUGGUCCGCUAGACAACCACAAUUACGAGAACGGAAGCGUGCGGCCAUUUCAAGGCGCACCUAAUGACGGUAGGGAAGUCGCAGACCAAGACCCCUUCGACCGCAACCACUUCCGUCGUUUGAAAUCUCUGAUUCUGAACCGUCUACCUCGCUCCAGCGUUGGCGAAAGGCUCGAGGAGAGGAGAGCAGGCCUUCAUGCCUCAACUCCGCCAUCCUCCUUGCCGGCAGAUCUAGAAUCUGCCUUCAAUCAUUCCGCUGAAGAUUUGGCGGAGAGGAACCGCUCAAUGAGAUCGAGGGAAGACAAACAGUGGGGUCGAUUGAGAAAGAAGGGAUGAGUUACGACUUGAGCCCAUUGGGGAAAAGGGUUGGCUGACAAUGAAUCGAGGUACAAUAACCAUCGAGGGGUAGCGACAGUGCUAUUUCGCCGUCAGCGAUCCUUGAUUCUUCGUUAGGUGAUGGGCGAUGGCGACGGAAUUCGUCGGAGGAGAGGAUAACACAGAAGAGGAUAAUAAUCUUGUGACUUUUGUGGGUGUUUUGUUUUGUUUUUAUAAAAUAGGAAUAAAUGCUUUAUUAAUUUUUUAUUUUUUAAUAAAUAAAUUAUAAAGGUUGAC